AUGGACAACUCUCAGUUCCGCAAUCUCAUCCAGGCGCAACGUGGUGCGAAAGCACCCGACGCCAGCCCUUCGGAAGCCGCUUUCAAGAAACCCGCUCUCGGCUCGCGAGCGCGCUCUUCGAUUCCCAUGACUCCGCGCUCGGUGUUAGGUUACAGCGGCGCCAAAGACUUUGCGAGACAAGUAGCUGAGCACCAACGAGAACAAGACGGACAGCCUCCUACCAAGAAGUUCAAGUCGAGUUCCGCCCCGAAAGGCACCAAACUUGCCUCCGGGUACAGCGACCGUACAUUGGCCAGACGGGCAGGCGAAGAAGACGCCGAGACGCAGGAUGACAAGGAGAAACGACUAAAAGCCCUGGAAGAGAUGUACAAACUACAACAAAUUGAUGAAACGCUUUUUGAGAAGCUGAAGAGCGAGAUUGGCAUUGGCGGCAGCCUCAGUAGUACACAUCUGGUGAAGGGCCUCGACUGGAAGCUACUCGAGAAGGCCCGGCGCGGAGAAGAUCUCAAUACAGAAUCCACUCAGCAAGAGCCAGCGGCCGAAACCACCAAGGCUGAUGUUGAUGAGGAGUUGGACCACGUAUUGGACCAGGAAGUUCACGUCAAAAGUCCUGGAGAGAAAAAGAAGGAAUCCGAAAACUCUGCACCUGAGGAGGUCAACGCCCAGCCCAUAUCCCGAGACGAGAUUUUGCGGCGUUGGAAAGAGAGCCGCGCCGGAAAGCAACAGACCGCGCCCGCCGCGCCGGGCCUAGGUGAGCGUUUCAAGAAGGUGACAUCGGAAAAGUCAAGCAACAAGAAAAAAUUCGUUGAAGUCGUGAAUGGACGACGAAGGGAAGUGCUUGUCAUCACCAACAAGGAUGGCACCACGAAGAGAAAGUCUCGGUGGAUUGACCCCGAGGACAGCACCAGGGAGGGCCAGCAGCCCUUGGGAAUGGAAGUGCCGGCUGAAUUUCAGGCAAAACAGCAGGCACUAUUGGCGGAACAAGAGGAAGACGAAGAUGAUGACAUCUUCAAAGGCGUUGGAGACUACGACCCUCUAGCCGCAAUCAAAGAUGAGUCGGAGGCAUCGGAUGCCGAAGUGCAGGAUGCAGAAAAGUCAACAGCAGAAAAGAAAAAGUUUGAACCUGCAGCUGACAAGCCUCGAAAUUACUUUGCAACGAGCGACCAGCCAGCUGAGGCGGAGGACCGCAGCAAUCCCAUUACAAAAGAUCCUACACUCCUUGCAGCAUUGAAGCGGGCGGCAGCUCUGAAACGAAGCGAGGAGCACGGUGGAGGUGAUGCACCGGGUUCGGAUCCAGAUCAGGAAGCCAAACGACAGCAGUUGCUGGCUAAGUUGAAGGAACGGGACCGGGCUGAUGCCAUGGACCUGGAUCUGGGAUUCGGCGAGAGUCGGUUUGGAGACGACGAUGACGAGGAUGGCCCUGUUUGGGAGGGCGAAGGAGGCAGCAAGAAGAGUGGGAGGAAACGGGGGCCCAAGAAACGCAAGGGCCACAAGGAUAACGUGAAGGAUGUGAUGGCGGUGAUGGAGGGCCGACACAAGGAUAAGUCGUGA